UUGUGUUCUCCCACAAGGCCUUUGUUGUGGGGGGCUAUAUGUGAAAGAUGCACCACCGCACAACCGUUUUCACAUUCUGUCCUCCGAAAAUGUACACUCCAGCCUGUCAAUUGCAACGGUUAUUUUUAAUACCUGGAUAACACGGAUAAAACAUUUUAAUUAGCUCUCAUAUCUAUUUUUCAAAACAUCCCCUGCUCGUCUCGACGCAAGCGCACAAUAAGCAGCGCACAAGCAAAUCAGCCACAGGCUAGACGGCUGACGUCAGAGCGCGACUGAACGCAGAGCCCGCGUGCAAUCCCAGCUUUUUUCCCCCCUUUUCCCCCUCUAGCGUCCGACGUCCCGUGCACAAUGAAUACGCUCGUGCUCAGCGAUGCGUCUUGAAUAUAGACUCAGCAGCAGCAGAGUCUAUAUAUAUACCUACAUUUGCUCGAGGAGCUGCGUUUGAGCCUGCGAGGGAGCGUUGUAGAGAGAGAGAGGGAGGGAGGGUGUGGAGGGGAGAAAACACGGCCAUUCCCAUCCCUUCUCGCGAUAUGGGAAUGUAGUCCGGUGCCUUUAUAACGUCGGCGGAUUCUGUGCCUCAUAAAGAGACCUUCCGAGAUGCACCGUGGGCUCAUCGCUGCCGCCGCCAACCGCAGCAGCAGCAGCAGCCCUACAAGGAGGAGCCCCGUAUCUGAUUGCGGACCGGUUCCGCCGCUAUGGUGUUCAGACGGAGAACAAGGAGGAUGUGCGGGCUGGGCUGCUACCGGCCAGGGCUGUGGCUGUGGAAAGCCCUCCUGGUGUUUGUUGCCAUCGCCUUCGCCGGGCAACUCAUGGGUCUCAUUUUCAACAAGAGCAGCGUCCAGCCGGCUACGCGCCUGCUGUUCUACGCCUCCGACGUCCAGGGGCCCCCGUUGGGCUCCUGCCGGCCCCACACCCACCUCAUGUUCCUGAAGACCCACAAGACGGCCAGCAGCACGGUCCUCAACAUGCUCUACCGCUUCGGCGAGGAGCACGGCCUCCGCUUCGCCCUGCCGAUGGGCUACCAGCUGGGGUACCCCCUGCUGUUCAACGCCCACCGGGUCAAAGGUUACCAGGGGCCCCGAGUCCUGGACUUCGACAUCAUGGGAAACCACAUGAGGUUCAAUAAGCCUGAGGUAGAGAAGGUGAUGCCUGAGGACACCUUCUACUUCUCCAUCGUCCGGGACCCCGUGGCCCUGACGGAGUCCUCCUUCGCCUACUACAAGGAGGUGGCCCCGGCCUUCCGCAAGGCCAAGAGCCUGGGCGACUUCGCCGACAACCCCCGGCAGUACUACGAUCCGCGCCUCCGCAACAACCACUACGCCCGCAACCUGCUGUGGUUCGACUUCGGCAUGGACCACAACGCCAACUUCUCGGAGGGCCUGGCGCUGCGCGGCGAGGCCCUGGUGCGGCGGGCCUUCCGGCUCAUCCUGGUGUCGGAGUACUACGACCAGUCCAUGGUGCUGCUGCGGCACGCCCUCUGCUGGCCGCUGGACGCCGUGGUGUCCUUCAGCCUCAACGCCCGCCAGCAGAAGCCGCCGGGCGGGGCCGGGGGCGGCGGCGGCGGCGAGAGCUGGAUGGACAAGGCGGCGGCGGCGGCGGUGGCGGCGGCGGUGGGCGUGCGGGGCGGGCGGCCGCCGAUGCGGGCGCCGCCCGACCUGUCGCUGACGCCGGCGCAGCGCGAGAAGCUGCGGGAGUGGAACGCGCUGGACUGGCACCUGUACCAGGCCUUCAACCGCAGCUUCUGGGAGGACGUGCGGCGCUUCGGGCCGGAGCGCAUGGACCAGGAGGUGGCGCUGCUGCGGGCGCGGCGGGACCAGCUGGCCCGCGUCUGCCUGCGCAACGGCGGGAGGCCCGUGGAGGCGCAGCGCAUCAGGGACAAGGGCAUCCGGCCCUUCCAGAGCGGCGUGGUGAAGAUCCUGGGCUACGAGCUGCAGCGCCUGGACAACGGCACCACCGAGGCCUGCCUGCGCCUCAUCCGGCCGGAGAUCCAGUACAAGGACGUGCUGGACGCCAAGCAGUUCCCCCGGCCGCAGUUCGUCAAGGGGCCCCCGGGCCAGCGGCCCCGGGGCCCGGCGAUGGCGGUCGGCGGGGGCUACGUGGGAGGGCGCCCCUUGUGGAACAGAGAGAGACUCCCCCAAGGAGCGGGAGAGGGGGCAGGGCCCCGGGGGGGUUGGACUAUGGCGGCGGCGGAGAGGGAGUGGUUGGCGAGGCAAAACCAGACUUCGCUCCUACGAGCCGACGCCAAAGGGAGACUGAGAUAGUGUGGGGGCGGGGGGGGGACCCCACGAGGCCCACGCUAGUUCAACUCCACCUUGUGCUGCUCUACCAGGACCUACCCUGCCGUACCUUACCGUAUGCCUUUUAACUGGACCAACUGAAAAGGAUUGCUUCUCCAUUUGUUAUAUUUUAAUGCGUUUGUCAUUACGACGGGGGAAAGUUCCCGGUACGAUUCCAUUGCUGUGAAAGGGGUAUGGCAUUCCAGACUUCAGCAGACAGCUGAUUUGUGUCAUUUCCAUGGUAGAGAAUGUCUCAUAUUUCAAGUAGGUUUUUAAAUUGGUCCCAUUAACAUCAACAAAAUGUGAAAUUGGAAAACCCAGACCAAUUGUAUUCUCUGUAUUA